AACUUCUACAAAAAAUUGUCAUUUAGCUGUUCACAACUUCACAGGUAGCUAAUCCUUCAGUUCUGUCUCCCUUCAUGGGCUUCUUAUAAUCUGUACCACUGCAGAUGUUUUCCAAAGCACAGUCUAAGGAAAAAGUAAAAUAGUGCUUAGUCUAGUAGUAUACUUUUCAAUUGACCUGGUAUCAUGAGCUUUCCUGAGAUUAACAUUCUAUUACUGUUGUUUAUUGCUUGGGCUGGUUCUGUAGUGUAUGACGUGCAUUCUUUGUUGAACAGAUUAUCCUUUAAUAGUACAUAUUGUGCUCUGUGAUUGUCCAUCAUUUAUCCUGCAGUAAACAAGAUUGGUAUACAAGGUCACAGGCCAUAUAUAAAUGCAUAAAUUGAAUUGACAUGGAUGAGUGAACACGAAGUAUAGUUAUUGAAGCAUGAAAAUUUAUUAAUCAGCAUUUUUGAAUGAAAAGAUCUCUUUUCUUUUCCUCCCAUAACAUACUAACUAUAUUAACCUUUACUCCCACCCUGGACCUUCCACACAUGCAUUUGCAAUAAUGAGGUGUGGCAAGUCGGGCAAGCCAAUAAAUUUAUUUUUCAACGGAUCAAAGAACAAUAGUUGAUAAUAAGUUAAUAACUAAGGAACGAUUAACGGUAGGCUGAGGACCAGGCCAAUCUAGCAUUAUUUAGGGAAGCUGGGUCCCACAGCUUACCCAAGGAAAAAACCACCACUUUAUUUUAUUUUCAUAGUGGUGGAAAAACCGAGGCCACAACCACCAUUGGACAACACAAAAAACACCUACAUACACACAAGCAAAUAAUGGUAAUAAUAAUAAUAAUAAUAACAUUAACACAGAAUACACUACAAUCAAAAUGCUUUAAUGGUAACAGUUAGUAACAAAAUACGCUAGAGUUAGUGCCAGAGUCAGACAGAUAUGCUUCAUCACCAUCCACCUAAAAAUCAGCUAUGGAGAAUGUCAAGGAAAAAAAAUUGUUAGGGGGGGGGAGGGGAUGAUAAUCUGCGUACACUAGUCUGCUUGCACAAUGUAUGCCGUAGACUGUAUCUUGACCAAUGUCAAGGGUGUAUAUAUAAUGAAUUGAAUGAUCCCACAAGCCCCACCCAUAGGUGGUGCAGUCUAACAGUAAUGAAAUUUAUAUGGGAGCUUAUUUUCUGCCUAAUUCAUUACAUUCAACUGUCAGAAAAUACACAUUCUAUCACAUCAUCACAAUCAUAAUUAAUGAUUAUUAUAAUGAUAAUAUAGACAAUUAUAAAGUGUACUUUUACAAACUGUAGAAUGCGUGGGCACACACGAUGCACUACAAGCGUCUUGUCUCCUAUAUCAUGAAUGUAUUUAUUGAGCAUUCUUCAUCGCUUGAUGGUCGUCUUACCUGUUAGUGUUACUAUGAUGUUUUUAUACACUUUUACUCUGGUCGAGCUACUUCUCUCUCGUUGCCGGCUUGAAAUGGGCGGUGUAUCCCUAACAUGUCUCCACCCAGUGUUUUGUGAGCAUGCUCGAACCUCUAAUUGAAUAGUAAAUUAAUAUUAAUAAGGUACUUUGCAAUCCACCUUCAUCAUAGUUGUAAAUUUAUAUGUAGCUAUAGGUCUACUCUACAUUAUUAUUAUUAUUAUUAUUAUUAAAGAACUUUACAGUACUAACAUAGAGAGAGAAGAAAAGAAAAACAUUAAAUUGAGGGCAGCAGGAGUUUGGAGUACUGAGGGUACAUCAGUAAUUAAUACUGAGUACCAGAAAUAAAAAUUAAAACAAUAAUUUACACUAUAACACUAUAUACAUUAUACAUGGCAGAUAAUAAUGUACUUUUCAUUUGUGGUUGGAGUAUUGCAAAUCAAAAAUUAUAGUAGGUUUUAUUGUAUCCAUCUAAAUCAAUAUAGGAGGGGCUGAUUUGCAAUGACACGUGUUUACCAUUUUCUUAACUUUGUCUUUAGACCGAGCUUUAGACCUAUUUUAAAGAAGACCUAUCUUCAGAGAGGGCUCAUGGCUGGAGCUAAGCCACCAAAUAUUCUGGUUCUCUCUGCCCCGGGAGAGAGUGGUGACGCUUCUUUUCAAAGAAUGAAAACUGAUAUUCUUCUAAUCCUCGGGCAAGACAGGUACACUGUGUAUCCUCUCACCCAGACUGACGUUUUGAAGCAGCCUUGGCAAGAGAACUGUCUUUUACUAGUCGUGCCGCCUCAUAUACCUCUCUCUAGCGAGACCAGACAGUCUGUACUCUCAUAUAUAUCCAGCAGAGCCUGUGGUGGGAAAUGUAUCUCCUUUAAUCAUCAGUUAAUGCCUAGUGUGACUGAAACUAGCUCUGUUUAUACUGAUGAUAGUGUAAUUGAGGUAGUUCCAUGCAAUACCUCGAGUAAACGAUUCCACACAAUUAGCAUUGAUAGAAGUGAUGAGGAAGUGUCAUUGGAUGUCUCUGGUUUAACUAUAUCUGGGACUAAUGGAGCUCCAACUGUCAAUGGAUCCAGUCAUAGUAGUCCCCAAAAAGAGAGCGAUGAGGUCAUUGUUACUGAUAUAGCUACAGCAUUUAUUGGUGACAUCAAUAGACCAUGCAUACAACAGUUGACAUGGAGCAAAGACAAUGGUGGAGGACAGCUCAUCUAUUCGUCCGUUCACUUAUUCAACCCUUUAUCGUACACUAGUGGACUACCUGGAGUCAUCAAAAUAAAGGAAACUGGUCAAGAGAGACAAGACUUCUUGAAAGCAGCUGUAUUUAGUGGUCUAGGACUAAAGGUAGAUACUGGAGCAAAGGGAGUAGAUGAGGAAUUGAGUCCUCUUUAUCUUAUAACUAAGAAUGAAGAGGUUCGAAGCAGUGUACUGUCUCGAUUGACGUCACAUAAAGCUGAGAAGGAGAAGGAAGGAGAUGGAUGGUUUAUGAUGAAUGGCACAGAGUCUAGCUGUCUCUUUGUCACUGAUGAUUUCUCCGUUGGCACACCUGUCGAUCCCUUGCCUCCCACUAAUGAAAAACAAGUUACUGUAUUACUGAGUCCUUCUAAGCAGCAGUUAGAGAGCCUUGAGUUUGACUCCAGUCUUUAUUUUAAGAGCUUAAAAACUGAUUGUAUGGGUCAGUCCCUGCUAUUGGGACCAAUAAUGACCUCGUCUCAAACCCUCUUUACUGGGAACACUCCUCUCACUAGACUUUUUACUAACGAGCUGGGUGUGGUUUGCUCACCUGGACAACAAACUAGAGGGAAAGGUAGAGGUGGUAAUGUUUGGUUGUCUCCUAAAGGUUGCAUGAUGUUUAGUGUUCCUCUUCACUUCCCGAUUGACUCCAGACUAGGAAGGACUGCCAGUAUUGUCCAACACAUUGCUACGUUGUCUGUAGUUACUGCUGUGAGACGACAGUCAGGAUAUGAGGAUGUUCCUAUACAGGUCAAGUGGCCUAAUGAUAUCUAUUAUAAUGGUAAAGUCAAGCUAGGAGGAUGCCUUGCCACAGCUUAUACAACUGAAGACGCAACAACCAUCAUCAUUGGCUUGGGAGUUAAUGUGAGUAAUCAUUACCCGACUCUGUCCAUCAAUGACUGUAUCUCAUUGUACAAUACUGAGACUCAUAAAGACUUGCCGUCACUGAGACUGGAGUCACUACUAGGGCUGACUCUCAACAAUCUUGAGAUGUACCUAUCACUGUACAAUCAAUGGGGACUGACUGCUAUUGAAGGACUCUACUACCAAUACUGGAUGCAUCAUAAUGCUACAGUCGAGUUGUCAGGGUACCCAGGGGUGGAGUCAGCUAUUAUUACUGGGAUCAAUGAGCAUGGAUACUUGCGUGUUAAGACAAGAAGCAAUGAAUAUCUCUCGCUAGGACCCGACGGGAACACUUUUGACAUUAUGAAAGGUUUAAUAACAAUGAAAUAAUAAUAAUGAUAUUAUUAAUAUUUUAUGUAUUAUUAAUAUUUUAUGUAUAAUAAUGUG